AUCGCUACAUACCCGGAAAGCGUGUUGUUUAAAAUAUUUUAGGUUAUUUUAGUGUUUUGGACUUUUAUAUGUAAAAAUGUCUUUUCGUGGUCGUGGAGGUGGUGGCGGACGUGGCGGCUUUGGCGGCCGAGGUGGUGGCGGCGGCAGGGGUCGCGGCGGUUUUGGUGGCGGUGGUGGCCGAGGACGAGGUGGCGGCGGCGGCGGCGGUGGCUUCAGACAGCAGGACUACGGCCCUCCAGAAUCAGUUAUCCCUUUGGGACAUUACGGCUGGAUCGUUCAAGACGACCUUGUGUGUAAAGUGGACAUAGAAGACGUUCCUUACUUCAACGCACCCAUAUAUCUUGAAAAUAAAGAGCAGAUAGGCAAGAUCGACGAGAUAUUUGGCAAUCUGCGAGAUUACUACGUGUCUGUGAAGCUCGGAGAGAAUAUUAAGGCUAAGAGUUUUAAAGAGGGCCAGCAAUUUUUCAUUGAUCCUGCCAAGUUGUUACCUUUGAAGAGGUUUCUGCCACAGCCGCCUGGCGCUAAGCGUGGUGGCGGAGGCCGAGGACGUGGUGGACCACGUGGGGGUCGUGGUGGUGGAUUUGGGAGAGGAGGUGGCGGUGGCCGCGGCGGCGGGGGUGGAUUCAACAGAGGCGGGGGUGGCCGAGGAGGUGGAUUUAACCGCGGGGGUGGCGGUUUCGGACGAGGCGGUGGAGGUGGGAGGGGAGGCGGCCAUAGAGGAGGCCGUGGGGGAUGGUAGCGUUAUCAACUAUAUAUUAGUAUAUGAAAGUAUUGACCGAGUGUUCAUAAUGUGUACAUUGUUGACAUGUGUUUGUGGAUGGCCCUCGCCAUUCAAAGAUUUGCUAAAAUAUCCAAUAUUUGUGGAUCUGAUUAUGAUAAUUUGCUAAUUAAUAGUAACUAAAAUUAUAUGAAUAAUUUUAUCUAUAUAUAUUAUAAUUAUUAAUUUAAUUAUAAUAUACCGACCCAUAAGAAAUUGUCAAACUUUACUGAGCAAACUCAGUCUCUCUCAAACCAUGAUGUUUGCAAAAUCACCAAUCAAAAUUAAUGGCAGCCACCAGAAGUCAAAAUAAAGAAGAUAAUUUACAUAAGAUGAAAUAAUAGCUACAGACACAAAUAGAGAUAUGUCAGAAUAAAUUAAACUUUAUUGUUAAAUGAAUACAAUUUCUUUUAUAACAAUAUCGAACUGUGAUAUUUUCAAUGUAAUGUUUGUAUGGCGAGGGCCAACCUAAUAAUGUUAUAAAUAAAACUGUAUUUUUAAU